CAUGAAUCAAGAUUACAAAGAAGAAUAUUCGAUUAGUAAGAAAUUAAAAGAUUGAUGAAUAAACCUUCCUUUUUAAUGUACAAAACAUAUAAAUCUUAGUGACCUCCGCCAUAUGUGUCACACAUCUACAAGUACAUAUAUAUACCACAAUAUUGUUGUCUCCCGUGUUAAUUAAAUUCCAAGAGGAAUUUGUGUGUGGACUAGUACUUUAAAUAGAACUUACUAUCUACAUAUGCAGACACCAGACAGAUAAUGAAAAUUCUGAAAAUAUGUUGGAACAUUUACCUAAGAUAUAGCAAUUAAAGGUCCCAGUGACUUUUGAAAUACCUUCCAGCAAGAGACUAAAAUACUUAGAUUAAAGUAUCUCUUUCAAGAGUGCGACAAUAGAACUUGACCCUAGAGGUACCAACAGUGAUAAGACGUGGAUUUAUCAGCUUACUUUAUUACAUAGCAACCUUAUAGAGUAGAAGUACACAAUUAAACAGUUAGAGGAUUUACUACAUAGAAAUUGGAUUCUUCAUGGUUAUAUGGGAUACAGCUAUAUUUACCAUUAGAUGUUUUAUCCAUUCUAAAGGAUGGAAUGAACAAUUUCUAAUAUACUUAUAACACUUUUAUUGGAUUUUAAGGAGUCUAAAGACUGAAAAGAGCAGUACACAUAUAAUACACCCUUGGAGCUACAGAUUGGACCAUAAUCCCACUGAAAGCAUUAAUUGCCUGAAUAUAUCAAUAUACAACGAAGAUGGGGGAUGAUUUGUUGAAGAAUGGCCCUGACAAACCAGUAGAUCUGUAUGUGGUUAGGAUCUCUCCACCAUGCCGGGUUGUUUGGUUGUACCUUCUACAGAACAACAUUCCUCAUAAUUUGAUAGAUGUGGAUUUCACAAAGAAUGAACAAUCUGCACCAGAAUUCCUCAAGAAGAAUCCACAUCAGGAAGUGCCCAUAUUAGUGGACGGGGAGGUCAUCGUCUUUGAGGGACAAGCCAUAUUACGUUACCUGGCAACCCAAUAUCGCAAUCUUGCAGGCUACGGUCUGACACUCUCACAGAGAAUGCUCACGGAAUCUAUCAUAAGCUGGGCCAAUGGAGAACUCCACAGGGUUGUUGGAUACCGCUACACUUACCCACAAUUCCUGGAAAGAUUUCGACUACCAUCUGAAUCAGCCAACGAAGCUUUAGUCGAGUCUGGGAUACAAUCACUGACUCGACACCUUGAGACUCUUGAGAAACGCUACUUAGACAAAAAUAAGUAUCUCACUGGUGAUAAACUUACUGUGGCGGACAGUUAUGUUGCAACAAUUCUAUUGCAAGUUGAAUGGACUGCAUUUAAAUUUAAAAUCUGGCCAAAAGUCGAUGAAUGGAUAAAACGUGUAAAACAGCAGGAGUUCUGGGAUACGGUGCAUAAAGCCCACGAUGAUUUUGUGCACGAGUUAGAACAAGCGAACAUGUUUGAUUGAACUCUGUUAUGUAGAAUUUAUUCGUGGAGAAGAGAUAUAUGUGACCAGAAGGAUCUGACCAUUAAUUUGACACACAUAUUUCAGAUCAUUUCUGUCUUGCUUACCCUUUAUUUAUGUUUGAAUGAGAUACAUGUAAAGUGAACACUUUGUAAUGCAUUUUUUCUGAAAUAGAGUUAAUUACUUGUAGCCAUUACAUAUGCUUUGACUCUACUAGACUAAUUUUAAA